AUGUCUGGCGCACCACGAUAUACAACAGAAUUGAUGGACGUACCGGGGAUGAAGUUUCGUAUAGACAUACCAGAUCCAAAGCAGCGAAUACAAGCAUAUGUUGACGAAUAUGCAAAUCCAUCCCACAAUGGAAAGACAUUUGAGGGCAUAGACGAGCCGCUCAUGAGAGAAUGCAUCCGUUUGAUCGACGCAACCGGGCCACCGAAAGUCUCGUGUGUCUUCGAACUAGAAGUAUCCCAGCAGUUCUCCAACCGCAUGGGAAACAUGCACGGUGGAGCCAUAGCACUCGUCUUCGAUAUGGCAACUACCAUGUGUCAAGCACCUUACGCCAGAGAAGACUUCUGGUGGUUUGGCGGUGUGUCGCGAACACUGAAUGUGACGUAUCUGCGGCCUGUCCGUAUGGGCAUGCGAAUCGAGAUCCGAUGCGAGGUGCUACAGAUUGGAGAUCGACUCGCGACGAUUCGUGGCGAGUUUCGAGAUAAAGCUGAUGGGAGAGUAUUGUGUGUUUGCGAACAUAAUAAAGUGAGCAUACAAUUUAAGGGCAAGUCUGCCCUGUGA